GGGUGACAUCUCAGUGUAUAAAACCAACGGUAGACAAAGCUUCAGCAUCACUGCAGCUAUAGUUUUUUCUGUAAUCUUUUAAAAUAGCUUUGGACUGAUAAAAAGACGCCUUUAGGCUCCUUGUGUGCCUCAGUUUUUAGAAAGCGGAAAAGUGCCUGCCAGAUUGAAACAAAUGGAUGCAAUCUUGAACUGCAGACUGGAGGACAUGGAAGAUUUUUACAGCUUGCUAGGAUGUGAUGAAUUGUCUACAGUUGAACAAAUUGUUUCAGAAUAUAAGGUUCGAGCCCUUGAGUGUCAUCCUGACAAGCAUCCUGGAAAUCCUCAAGCUGUGGAGAAAUUCCAGAAGCUACAGCAAGCUAAAGAGAUUCUUGCCAAUGAAGACAGCCGAGCUCACUAUGAUUACUGGAGGAGAAGCAAAAUUACUAUCCCAUUUCAGCAGUGGGAGGCUCUGAGCAACUCAGUCAAAACAUCAAUGCACUGGGCUGUCAAAGGUAAAAAAGAGCCAAUGCUGGAAGCUCCUGAUUUAAAUCUUAAUGACAAGAUGUCUGAUGAUCGUUCUCAGAAAGUUGAAAACAACAAUGAUGACCUGUUGAGUGACCGAAGGGGGCUAGAAGAUUUUGAUUCUUCUACUGGGAAGCUGCUGUCACCAAAGAGCCCUGAUUCCCCAGGAUUCUCAGAUCCAGACUGCUGGCACUUGCGUUUCCGUUGGUCUGGUGACACUCCGUCUGAACUCUUGCGGAAAUUUAGAAACUAUGAAAUAUGAAACAAAAGACCAAAUACGUGCAGAAGACCAAAUAUGUGUUGAACCUUGAUUUUACCGUUUCAGUAUUUUGUAUAUGUGUAUAAAUGAGUGUCUCUUGUGUCUUUGAACAUUAUUUAAUUAGGUAGUUUUGUACCACUGAUGUCACAGUUUUCCAUAUAAAAUACUGUUGUUGUUUAUUGUCAUUAAAAUGAAUGCAGUUAACCCAUUUUCCCAAAGUUUGUCCUUAAUGCAUAUAUAAGCUGUUUCCCAUAAUCAUUGAGCCAUUGAGAAAAGGUAUUGUUGUUCAAUAGCCUUAAUCCCUCCUAUCUUUCUGCUCUCAUGUCUGCCCUCAUGUCAUGUUGUAUUCCUUCUCAUGGCUCAUCUAUCUUAUAUGCACCUAUAUGUAUUUCUUGGAUGUUUUGUUAUUUGUUGUUCCAUGGACUUUCAUGUAGUGUACUGUUCUCUCUAAUGUGUUAGUGAAAUUAUUCAACCAGCAAUGCAGGCAGCCCCCCUCCACCCCCCAGGAUGUUUUGGGGAAAUUUGUACUUUUUAAAUUUGUGACAUGACAGUGACAACCCCCAUUUAAAGAAUAACAGCUUGCUGUAAGAACAGGAACAAUUCAAGAAUAGGAUCCUCUGAAAAAUUCAAUGAAUAAGGCAGGGUGAGUGCACAAGAAAAGCCUCAUCUGGAAGAGCCCCAAAAGUCUGUUCACUCAAGACUUUCUCUGACUGAGGGUGGAUUUUUCUUGAUCACAAUCACCCUGUAAUUAAGUGAUCCUGAAAAAACCCCAGCCUGUAUAGUAACCUUGAAGGCUUAAAUAUUAGAACUUUGUAUUAUGGACUAGACUUAGGCUGCAAUCCAAUACACAAUUAUGUGGGAGUAAGUCCCAUUGAAUCCAAUGGAGCUACUUCUGAGUAGACAUGUGUGGAUUGCAGCUUUACUCUCUACCCUUUGGACUUUCCUUUGCUCUGGUUUUCAGUUUCAGUUGUGUUCUCUACCCAGCCAGCAAUAAAUAAGCAUGUUUCUUUGCCUGCAGUAAGAAGUGAAAGUUUGUUUAUUCUGCACUUAGGUGAAUAGAAUAGAAUUGGGUGCUUAUUGCUAAACGGUGAAAUAACUUUAAAUGAUCUGGAAAAAAAAUUACCCUAAAUUUCUCUUUACUUUUUUAAAGCACUCAUUAUACUGACAAUCAUAGUGGCUAUUUUUUCUUUUUCUUGAGGAUGGAAACAGCCCCAGGAUAAUAGAAACACUACUAUGCACAAUGGCUAGCUGGCCACCUACGCUAUAGUUGAGGCCUAAUUUUUUGUUUUCCCAAUGUGUGCAGCUCAGCAUGAGGCCUUUUCCAGGUUCCUGGGCAGAAAAAAUCAACCCAGCAACCAGUAAAAAAAAAAUCAGUUGCUUUCCACAAUUACUUUCCAAUCGCUUAGUUAGUUCUUUAUAUAGCAAGCAUUAAAAAGUUUCUGUUGGUCAUCCAAUAGGAAGGAAAAUUUAAAAGUCGGGAACAAGAGUAGAAGGAGGGACACUCAUAUCUUUUGUAUCCCUUUGUUCAUUGUAUCCUUAACACCCUUUUUUCUUAUGAAACAAAAAAUGUCAGUCAUUUAAUUCCUGGUAUUCAUAAUAAAUUUUCUGCUAACUUGAUCUUUACAUUGCCCAUUAUGUAAGUUAACACACUCUGUUUAUGGAGGAGGAGCGAGGGGGAAGGUCACUGGCUUUCCCUGGCUUGGUCUGGCCCUCACAUCUUCUCCAUCAGUAAGUGUGUGAGGGGGAUUGGCUGGUGCUAUGUGCCUCACUUCAAAAAUCUCCCACCUAGCAAGAAAGGCUGGCUACAUGGCUGAGUGCAGGUGCCUAAUUAGUUUGUGUCCAUUAUUGGAUAGUAAAAACUAUAGUUUCCUGUUUGACUUCUGCUAUCACACACUGCAAAAUCAGCAUAAGAGCCAUGGUAUCCAGAAUGGCAGGAUCCUGAUUCCCCUUCUCGGGCAAAGGUGGCAUCAUCUCCUGUUAAGGUGGCUUGAGCAGUGUAUAGCACAGUUUGCUAGUUUCAGUACCUUUGGCACACUGCACCACUGCUGUUUUCAAUACUAUUGGUGGCACUAUUCUUCUACUAAGAUCAAGAUAUUCAAAUAAUACGGCAGGGAUAUUAUUUUUUACUAAGAAUUGGGUAAAUGAAUAUUAUGUAUGAAUGCUGAAUAUUUCUCUUCCCUGCACCAGAAGCACUGUUCUGAGAAUUUCCACCAGAUACCAUAUUCCACAUUUUAAGCAUUUAUCUGAAGCUGUAAGGACUAGAUACUUCCUUUAAAAAGGAAGAUCUGGGUAAGGUACCAAUCCUGUUGGGGCACAGAAAACAAAGCUAUUUGUGUAGGUGACAGAGUGUGGCUAUGGCCCAUCGCCAGUCAUUUUGAAUCAUUUUGAAAUGGUUUUGUGUGUUUGAACUUUUGAACCAUAUUCUAUGGUAUAUUAUUAAAACUGUAAAACCUGUGUCUAACACAAAAGGGGAUGUGUAGCCUGAUUGGUUUCUUCUUUGAUCUCCAUAUUAAUAAAUUAUUUUACCGUUGAGCAGAAAA